GUGAAAACAACCUGAGAAAAAGCUGCAGACUGUGAAUCACGAUGGGAAAUAAUGAAUCCAUAGCUGGUGGUCAGAAAGCAGUUCCUGCUAAAGAGACCUAUGUGUGGUACAAAAAAUUUAUGAGGGAAUAUCCAUCCGGCCUGCAAACACUGCAUGAAUUCAAGACACUCUUGGGUCUGCAAGGUCUGAAUCAAAAAGCCAAUGAACAUGUUGAUCAAGUCUAUAAUACCUUUGACAUGAACAAGGAUGGAUUUAUCGACUUUUUAGAGUUUAUUGCUGCUAUAAAUCUUGUUGUACGAGGAAAAAUGGAGCAGAAAUUAAAAUGGUAUUUUAAGCUGUAUGAUGCUGAUGGAAACGGUUCUAUUGACAAAAAGGAACUACUGAAUAUCUUCAUGGCUGUGCAAGCCCUCAAUGGCCAACAAACUCUGAGUCCUGAAGAAUUUACCAACCUGGUGUUUCAUAAGAUCGAUAAAAACAAUGAUGGAGAACUGACUUUAGAAGAAUUUAUCAAUGGCACGGAAGAAGAUCAGGAUCUUCUGGAGAUUGUUUCCAAGAGCUUUGAUUUUUCCAGUGUACUGAAAAUAAUCUAUGAUGGGAAUCAGCCAGACACAGAAGGGAGGUUUCCUUCAACCCUUGUGACAAGGCUGAUCUAGGGAAGGUGGGAAUAAAGUGGCUGGGAGAAUGCCUUUUCUGACUUUCAGUGGAGGCAAAACUUCCAGUGGAGAAGAAACGAAAUUCUCCCAUGUACAUGCUAUUGAUUUCAUUAUAUUUGAAUAUAUAUUCAAUUAUAUAUUAUAAUUGGUAUCAGCCUGUGAAUAUAUCACUUAAGUCCCUUGGAGAUGUC